AACAGAUGUCCCAGAACAUCAAGUUUCCAAUUAAGAAAGAGUAUAAAGAUUGUUCUGAAUACAGACUAGAUGGCUAUAAAGACACAGGUUUAUAUAACAUCACACUGAGCCACGCCCUGUCCCAAAUCACAGUGUGGUGUGACAUGACCACUGACAAUGGAGGAUGGACGGUGGUACAAAGAAGACAAGAUGGCUCUGUUUACUUCUUCAGAGAGUGGGAGGAUUACAAGAACGGCUUUGGUAACAUAGAUGGAGAAUUCUGGUUGGGGAAUGAGGACAUCCACUAUCUGACCAAUCAGAAAGAUUACAGGCUGCGUGUUGAUCUGUGGGAUUUUGAUGGAAAUCAUAAACAUGCCGAGUAUGAUAACUUCAAGGUUGAUGACGAAAAGGCAAAAUACCUGUUGCAUCUUGGGAAAUACAAUGGUACAGCUGGUGAUGCUUUCAGUUACCAUAACAACAUGAAAUUCACUACAAAGUACCAGGACAAUGAUAAACAUAGUAGUAACUGUGCCCUAACAUAUACUAAAUCUGGAUUCUGGUGGAACAGCUGUGAACGAUUUAAUCCCAAUGGUGUUUAUCAUUUUGAUCCUAAAUACAGCAAUGGUGAGACUAUACACUGGUAUGAUUGGAAACAGCGUUAUGCCCUGAAGAAAGUAGAGAUGAAAGUACGACCCAUGCUUUUUCACAAUUUCUAAAUCUGUAUAACCCCUUUAAACAUGUGCUGUUCAAAAUGUUUGUCACAAUUUGCUGCUUUUAAUGCAUAUUUACAGGUCAAAAGGAAAAAUACUUAAAUAAUUUCAACUUUAGAAUUUGCACUCAAUUUUGGACCAACUUGUGUCACAGACCCUGGGGGGCACGUAAUCAAACAUAAGCUGCUGACCUCUGGACCACCAAGGUCAUCCAGGCAUGUGAAUAAAUCUGACAAAAGAUAACCUUUUCUGUACGGUUUAUCUAUAAGGUUGACAUAACAGAGAAGUGGU